AUUCCUUGUUCAUAAAAAUUAUUUAGACUAUUACGUCUUUUGUAGCCUGGGCGCAACCACAAUGCACACCGUUAUCAACAUGGAAUUCUUACUGCUGUUACUUUCCCCCAUCUUAUACUACAACUUUACCAUCUGUUCAUCUGUGCUACCUAAAAGUCUAUUACACUAUGACUAGCGGUUACGCCUGACUCGAGAGGCCCUUUCAAAUGGGUGUGUCAUUUGAGAUCGUGAUGGUGUGAACUAGCCUACCAACGCCUCUAUUACAUGGUACGCACAGUAGUGGACGGUUCCACUUGAGCUACUCGUCAUAUCCCUGCUUAUUGUCUGCUUUGAACCCCCGUACCGAAGGCUUGUUGUGGAUAGCUGAUUUCCUUGUCAAAACUCAAUGCUAAUGCUAGUUAGAACUAGCCAAAAGAUCUUCUUCACCUUGCCAUUGUCGUUGCUUUCCCAUUCUACUUCUCCGUGUCCCUCACUUUCGUGUUUCCCGCAUAUCGCGGCCAAUUCACCCCCCGUGCCGUGUCACGCGCGCAAACGACCGAACGAACUAGACCGGCCGGCGAUCCCAUCCCACUGUACUUGACCAAUUUUGGUCUCUUCGAUGCCUUUAUAUCUUUCUUAGCUGCUGGCGUGGAGGUAGGGGGAAUUGGAGUUGACGAUGGUUCCUCCCGCUAAGGACAUGCUUUCAUCGCUGUUGCGACCGAGGCAGGCUGCUCGACGCGCCGAAUCAGCGCGUCUUAUUUUCGAAUCGAAUCCUAAUACUCCUUCGCCUGGUCCAGCGGGUCGCAAUUAUGGUGGACAACGACAUGCCACUGCCGAUUUCACGGAGGGAGAUGACGACGAUGACGACGAGGAAGAGGAAGAUGAAGAAAUACAUGAUAAUGAGGAAGAGGAAGAGGAUGGGGAUGACGUCGAGAUUGAUGAUGAACCAUCUAGACCACGAGUAACCCGGUUCUUACAAGAAGCCCAUCCGCGCAGGAAUUCGCCUUCUCUUCUACCUCUAUUCUCUGCGAGCUACCUUGAUACAUUGCCCGUUUACAAUGUUGUCCAUGCUAUCAGAAUAAUUGUUCAAACCCGAACUGAGACCACACUGACCUGGGACCAAAUUCGGUCUCCUCAGGUGUCCCAAUUUCUUGUCAAACCCAUGCAACAGCAAAUUCGAACCCAACAUUUCAGUCGCGUGACGCUGUAUGCCUUGAUGGCGAAUUGCCUACAAUUUGCGAAGGAAGGACGGCUGUACCCUGGUAACGCAGGUACCAGUGUGACACGAGCGAGGGUCUGCGAACUUCUGGCUUUGAAAUUGUUGAAGGAAUAUGGUACAAGGGAGCUUAUUGACGCUUUGUCCUACGAUUUUUACCCGCUUCAGGGAGCUCCCGAGACACCGACCCCUCCUAAUGCGAAGACUUUAGAUGGCAAAGGUCGCCCAACGGCGGCCCGAUCCUCGACUCUUGAAGUAGCUAUCCGUGCUUCUGCCAAGCAUUUCCUAGCGCACCCGCUGGUAGUCCAACAAUUAGAUGGUAUUUGGAAUGGUGCAAUUAGCUUCUAUUCAUCGCAAGAUAAUCUUCAUCGUGCGCCGUCUGCGCCUUCGAAUCUAGGCAGAAACGCUCAACCCAAUUCUGCCGAUGUUCGGACGCCACUACUUGGCCAACAGCCUGUGAAAGAACAGCAAUCCCAAUUGCCAUUACAUGCAGCUCCUGUUCGGCGAACUGUUAACCUUUACGACCCUCGCCAAGCUUCUCCCUUAAAGUUAUCUCGUCUCCGUGUCCCACGCUAUAGGCAAUUCUUGUCAACAUGCUCUUUAUUUGUCUUGAUAUGUCUAUUCUUGGCAGUCCUGAUAGAGCGAUCCAGUCGCAUAACUGAACUAGAAUUGGUUUUUUGGUUCUGGAGCGCAGGCUUCAUGCUUGACGAGGUUGUAGGCUUUAAUGAACAGGGUUUCUCUCUGUACAUUAUGAGUUUCUGGAACAUUUUCGACCUCGGUAUUCUACUAUUGCUCAUCAUCUACUACUGUAUGAGGGUUUACGGUGUCUUCCUUGUCGAUCCUUAUCACUGGAAUGAGAUGGCCUACGACGUCCUUGCGGCAAAUGCAAUCCUCCUAUUACCACGCAUCUUCAGUGUGUUGGAUCAUUAUCGGUACUUUUCGCAACUUUUGAUUGCCUUUCGGCUCAUGGCAGUAGAUCUUGCUGCUGUAUUUGUUCUCGUCCUCAUUAGUUGUUCCGGAUUCUUUGUGUUCUUCACCCUUUCCAGAACCCAAAGUGAUGCUGCGGAUGUAGCCUAUAAGAUCUUUCAAAUUCUCAUGGGAUUCACACCAGCUGCCUGGGAUGUAUGGGCUGAAUAUACCUUUUUAGGCAGGACGCUGCUAGUGGUCUUCCUAAUUAUGUGUCAUUUCCUCGUCGUGACAAUAUUGAUUACCGUUCUUACAAAUUCAUUCAUGGCUAUCGCCUCAAAUGCGAAUGAAGAGCACCAAUUCCUAUUUGCGAUCAAUACCAUUUCCAUGGUUAAGAAUGACGCGCUAUUCUCGUACGUUGCGCCAGGAAAUAUAUUUGCCUGGAUUUUGAUGCCAUUGCGAUAUGUUAUGCCUAUUAGACAAUUUGUGAUUUUAAACCGAACGGUCAUUAAAAUCACACAUUUACCGCUUCUAUUCUGCAUAUUCAUCUACGAAAAAUACUUCCUAGCGCCCUCGAUAUACGAGCCGACAGAUUUAGUCGAGCACCAUUCACGGGUUAGGAAUAGAGGAAUUUCUUUUACAGAUGUUGCCAGUAGAGGAACGGCUCUCUUCAGCCCCAGUAUGCGGACGCGGGAAGAAUCAGUUGCUGGAUUCCAGAAGGACCGUGCGCUAGAUGAGGUUUUCCGUCGCCCACCAGAUGUCAGCACACUACGAAGCCAGAGAAGACAAGAACGAAGAAAAACACAUACAGCUAUUCGCAACUGGAUGGAACAACAUGACGAUGAUAUAGGAGAACGCCUAACGCAUUGGCCUACGAUUGAUAGCCGUCCGAGCUUUUCAGUCCGUCGGAUGAGCGUGGGUCGUGAAAUUCCUAAGAGGUUCAGACAUGUCUCUGAUAUUCGAUCGGCCGCAAGUGAUCCCGCAGACCUUGUGUCGAAUAGCGCCUUUCCUGUGUCCAACAUCAAGGAACUAAAUGGCCAAAUAGUCGAACAGCAAGAACGAUAUAAGGACCAAACGGAAGCAGAUGGCGAUGAUGAAUUUGUAACAAAUGACGAGGACGAGGAUGACGGGAUUGCAAGUCGUCAUGGCGGUAAGAUUGAAGAGCAAGAACAAGCACAAGACUACUUCAAUAGCCCCCCAGCAUUGCGUCGUGGAAGUAUGGCUCCAUCAUCCCUCGGUUCUCCCUCUCAUCACCAGAGCCCGGUUGUUACAUCGCCUCGAACCAAUAACCAGCCUCGUCGUCAAGGCUUGCACAAUCGUACGCUUUCCACAAAUACGAUUCUAUACGCCCCACAGGGACCUAGUCGUCAUGGGCCGAGUCCAUCCUCGAUCUCGGAAGAACCUGCGGGAAUUCGUUCGCGACCACGAACGAGCCGAUUGGCUACAACGAUGGAAUCAUCAGAACCAACUGGCACGCGUUCCCCCCGAAAAGUUCAAAAUGGGCUCGCUAUCCCGAUCCGGCCGAGACCAAUUCCCAUGAAAUCGGCGCCUACCCGUGCAGCCCUUCAUGGUGCUGACCCGAGGAUCCGGGCGGCUUCUUCCGUUGAUAUAGAUAUUAGCUCUGAUAUGGGACUAGAGGCACAUAAUGACUUUGGUGCCGUGCCAUCAUCGUUCGCGACGCAGAUGGCUAUGGCCACUGGCCAAUUGAAGGCGCUGCAUCAAGGCAAACAAGAUCGUGAUGAUUCGGAUAGGAUGGGUCGACUGGUUCUAGCUAGGAUGAAGACCCUUGAAGAGGGUUUCGCAGACGUUGUCAAAGAAAUGAGGGUCUUAAGGAGUGCAGCUGCAACGGCGCAGAACUCGGGUGAUGAGGGAAGUUGGAAGACCGGUACGAGCAACGAGCUGUUUGGCAAGAGGAAACCAGAAAGGAAAAUUAAGAGUGAGACGAGCCGACCCGGAACUUCUAAAGGAAAAGCCGCCUCGGGAACCGCCACCCCUAGGAGUCAGCGGUUCAAAGGGAAAGGGAAAGAAGCCGUCAAAUCUGGAAGCGAGGUGGAACCUGAAAUAACUCCUAGGAGAAGGGGAAGUUCAUUUUAAGUUGCUCUUGCGUCUGGCCGGGUUUCUAUUUUGUAGGUGGCUUCAUCGGCACGGCAAAAAUCAUGCAUUUUGGCGUUUCUGAUUUUGCUUCAAGAUUCGGCAGGCAAAAAGGUGAACGAGCCUAUGCUCCGGUACGAUGUUUAGGGGUGCAGUGGAGAGCAUAUACAUCCGCCAUGUGCCGGAUUUAGGAUAUGAUAUCCUGUGUGGGGGAGCAUGUACUCAGAUAAACUAUAUAUAACGUGGCUUUUUAGAGCCAAAGUAACAAACA